CAUUCAUCAAGCAUGUCUGAAGUAACUAACACCACCCAGGACACUGUCUACUUCAUCCUCACGGGCAUCCCUGGAUUCGAGGCCAGCCACAUCUGGAUCUCCAUCCCCUUCUGCUGUCUCUACACCAUCUCCAUCAUGGGCAAUACCACCAUUCUUGCUGUCAUCCGCACAGAGCCAUCCCUCCAACAGCCCAUGUACCUAGGUCUCUUCAUGCUGGCCCUGGCUGACUUGGGUCUCACCCUCACCACCCUGCCCACAGUCAUGCAGCUCCUCUGGUUCAACAUUCGGAAGAUCAGCUUUGAGGCCUGUUUUGUCCAGUUCUUCUUCCUCCAUGGAUUCUCCUUCAUGGAAUCUUCAGUCCUGCUGGCCAUGUCCUUUGACCGCUACGUGGUCAUCUGCCGCCCCCUCCAUUAUGCCACCACCCUCACCAAUGAAGUCCUUGGCAGAAUUGGGUUAGCCAUCAUUUGCCGCUGUGUUCUGGCUGUUCUUCCCUCCCUUUUCCUACUCAAGCGCUUGCCCUUCUGCCACUCCCACCUUCUCUCUCACUCCUACUGCCUCCACCAGGAUAUGAUUCGCCUGGUCUGUGCUGACAUCCGAGUCAACAGCUGGUAUGGAUUUGCUCUGGUUUUGCUCAUUGUUGUGAUGGACCCUCUGCUCAUUGUGCUGUCCUAUGCAAUGAUUCUGAGAAGUGUCCUGGCAGUAGCUUCCAUGGCUGAGAGACUCCGAGCCUUCAAUAACUGUCUGUCCCACAUUCUGGCUGUUCUGGCUCUCUAUGUUCCCAUGGUUGGGGUAUCUAUGACUCAUCGGUUUGCCAAGCAUGCCUCUCCACUGGUCCAUGUUAUCAUGGCCAAUAUCUACCUGUUGGCACCUCCUGUGAUGAACCCCAUCAUUUACAGUAUAAAGACUAAGCAGAUCCGCCAGGGACUCUUCCAUCUCCUUUUCCAGAGGAAAGUGCACUAA